GCUUUGUUUCUCGUCGUCUCCCUAUUGACAUCGUGACAAAAUAAUUGACUGCACGUACUCUAACCACUGCUCGAUCGCUUUUUACUGACUGAAGUAAAAUGCUAAUAUGCGCUCGUUUGCAAAACGCGGUCUCCAGCCAAUUCUAGCUAGAACGCUGACACUGCGUCCUGAAGCGACUGUCGACCCGGUGCGAUACCCUCUUGGGUACGUACCGAUUGACGGCACGGAAUCUACUGACUCAUUAUACGCGUUACUGAAACGAGGAUACUUUGUAGCUCCACUGAAUCGAAUUGAGUGCAUUCACAGGACAAGCAUCGGCGUUCGAGCGCUCUGCAGAUCAGAGUACCCUGUCGUUUCAGCACAAGAUGUCCUUACUUUGCAUUCGAGGGAGAAGGAACUGUUAAGCAGGCUGCUUAUUAGACGCGAUUUUUGGACGCUCGAUGACUUCAACGACCCCGAGCUGAAUCAGAGUUUCGGCAUUCAAAAUUUGUAUUUCGAUAAUUACAAAUGGUCGCAAGUGCUUUGGAAACGAUUCCAAGCCUUUGCAGAAGAGUACUUUCCACUUUCGGAGCACACGCAUUUGCUCUAUAGUGAGUAUAUGCAGCUUAUUCGCAGCUUUUCUGCUUUUGAACAGGGUGUCGUUGUGAAGCCUGCGUUGUCCAAAUCUGUUCGUUUGCAUCCACCUUACGGUGCUGUUACUCCUACCAAUUUUUCUUUGGAACCUAUACUGCUGCUUAAAAACUGGCUUCUGAAUUUCAAGGGGCCGCUUAUGGUAAACAAGGCGCUGGUUCCCAACUCUGGCUCUGGGGUAACGGCGUUUGCGAUAAGAGCGUGCAACGUGCCGAUGGUGCGCGGCCUCGACUCACGACCCAGAUUUGUUGCGGCAAGUCGCAAGGACGCCGCCCGCUAUCCGCAAAUGAGAGGCGUGAGCUUCCAAGUUGCGGAGCUGCUGCCGCCGGUUGGCGAAGAUGCGACGGAAGACAAGCGGAAAGGCAAAUACGACUUGAUUGCGUAUUAUCCCGAUGAAGAAAUUGUUUCAUCUCUUUUUGCCGGCGAGAGCGACCAAUUUGCACCAACAGCGCAGGGGCUUGCUGGCAAACUGGAAGAAUUUUUCGAGAGCGUCGCACCGCACAUGACGGAGAACGGAAUCAUUGCCGUCUGCUGUACGAAUAUUCACUCGCUUCUGUUCCCAGCGGCGCCGCAUCCUGUGGAAUACGAGAUCAAAAUUAACCGACGCUUUGUUGUGUUGGACUACUACGACACACCAGCUCGUUUUUCGGGCAACAUCCGCACGAAGUUUCUUGAUCCCGUCAUCGAAUGCAAGCCUGAUUUGAAACGCAAACUGCGUUCUGAGCUGUGGGUUUUGCACAAAGUGGAGUCUAUUAGUCAUUACGGGUUUAUCCAUGGCAUUCCGGGAGCGAAACCUCCCAAUAUGGAGAGAUGGCGGACAAAGCAAAUGGGUCUGGAGCGUCAAAAGGCAUUGAAAAACCAUGUCCGCCUUAUGGGUGGCGACUGGGGCAAUUACAAAAGUCGCUUUGUUCAGAUGCUGCAGGAGCAAACGGACGAGCCCGAAGACGAUGUGGCUGAAUCGAUUCGAAUGGCGUUUGACCCAACGUAUCCGGUGAAACUAGCGGAGCAAGCGAGAAUUGCUGCGGAGACGAAGGCGCAGGAGAGAGAUGCUUUUCAUCGUUCAGUGGCGCUUGAAUAUCAAGAUGUUUCUCCAAGGCAUGCGUUUGAAAAGAAAAACCAUUGGUAG